GCAGACUGAAAGUUGCCCCGCAUGUGGCUAUGCUGACUGGGCGUUCUAUUGGGAUGAAGAUGAUAGAUCUUAUCAGUUUACCUGUCCAGUCCAGUAAGCUCACAAAGGCCGCUACUGAUGAAUGUGCCAACGUUUCUUCCCGGAUGCAUCCGACGCCUCUUUAUCUCAGCAGUUGUGACACAAAUGCUGAAAAAUCUCCACUGGAUCCCUACCGAAUUUCGCGUAUGUCCCUUUCUCUUCUGUUCUUAUUCUUGCACAGGUGCCAUAUUGAUUUUCUCUGUAUUGUUCCAAUUUUAACAGACAUCCCUAGAGCAUUAAAACUUACAUUCUCAUCCCUGUAUUACAACUUGCACACAGAACAGAAACGAGGCUGCUGCAAAAGCAAAACGAAAAACAAAAAGGUUUCAGUUAGACUCUUCGUUCCGCUUGUCGUUUUUCCGUGUGCAAUAACUAUGUUUUUUUACUGUGCCGUGUGUUUUGAUGUUUUUGCUUCGGUCUUGCGCCGCUGUAGACCGCAUCCUUGUUGGAUGAUCGUAGGCCUGCGUUCUUUUAGACUCAUCCGUGUAAAAUAGUUACACUUUUCUGCCGUGCUGUAUGAUUUGCUCUUUUUACCGCGGUCUUGCGCCGCUGUACAGACCCUGUCAACGUGAGAAAACUGAUACCGAUUGCAGCUAGCGCAAUUGUUUGUUUUUGGUUUUCCUUUUUGCUGUUCCAGCCCGUUCCCGGAUUUGCAUACACACUGUCCACAAUUUGCUAGAGCCCGGGUCCGCGGUGGAGUGACCAUAGACACAAUGAAGCUUUGAGACGGGCCCCUUGGUUCAGCCGUCGUUUUUUUAGCGGUUUCAUACGACAAACAGACUGAUUCCACCUUUCUUUUCCGUUUCUGCGGCUCUCGACUUCGCAAUAAGUGAUCUUCUUGGUCAAUCUUCUCCCAUCAGUCGUGUGUUCUUUUUGGGGUUCGAGUCGACACAAUGCUUAAUCCCGGUCACCAUGGUGUCCGCAGCGAUGCAGACCGGAUUCGCGCUUUCCCCAUGUCAAAUGGCACAGCUGUCUAUGUUUAUGAGGAGGAGGAGGAGGAGGAGCAAGAAGAGGAGAAAGCGGAGGAGGAGGAGGAGGAGGAAGAAGAGGGGAAAGAGGAGGAGGAGAAGGAGGAGAAGGAGGAGGAGGAGGAGGAGGACGAUGAGGAGGAGGACGGUGACGAGGAGGAGGAGGAGGAGGAGGAGGAUGACGACGACGACGACGAUGAUGACGAGGACGACGGCGACGAUGAGGAGGAGGACGACGACGAUGAGGAGGAGGAGGAGGAGGAAGAAGAGGGGAAAGGGGAGGAGGAGAAGGAGGAGGAGGAGGAGGGCAAAGAGAUGAGGUGGAGGACUACGACGAUGAGGAGGAGGAGGACGAGGGGGAGGAGGAGGAAGAAGAAGAGAAAGAGGAGGACGGUGACGACGACGAUGAGGAGGACGGCGACGAGGAGGAGGAGGACGACGACGACGAUGAUGACGACGAUGAGGAGGAGGAGGAGGAUGACGAGGAGGAGGAGGAGGAGGACGACGAUGACGAGGACAACGACGAUGAGGAGGAGGAGGGAGGAGGAAGAAGAGGGGAAAGAGGAGGAGAAGGAGGAGGAGAAGGAGGAGGAGAAGGAGAAGGAUGACGACGGCGACGAUGAGGAGGACAACAACGAUGAGGAGGAGGAGGAGGAGGAGGGGGAGGAGGAGGAAGAAGAGGAGAAAGAGGAGGAGGAGGAGGAGGAGGAGGACGACGAUGACAAUGAGGAGGAGGAUGGCGAGGAGGAGGAGGAGGAGGAGGAGGGGGAGGAGGAAGAAGAAGAGGAGAGAGAGGAGGAGAAGGAGGAGGAGGAGGGGGAGGAGGAGGAAGAAGAGGAGAAAGGGGAAGAGGAGAAGGAGGAGGAGGAGGAGGAGGAGGAGGAGGUCGAAGGGAGGCAAACUCACCUGGCAUGGGUCAGCGAUGGCGCGUGGGUUGGGGCCGUUGGGCGUCAGAGUUCGGCAACUGCAAUGCCGAACUCCACCGACAGGGCAGUAGGAAAUCGCGCGUGAAACCGGGGCCCCACGUCUCGAAAUUCGAAUUUGAAAUCGGCCCGAUCUAGGCCGCCGAUCGC